UUCGUCUGUCUCCGGACGAUGGUCACCAAUAAUACCUGACGAAAUCCGCAACAGUCACCGGGGUAGCUGCGUAGUUUCCCGCGGGAUUUCCCCGGCGCGGCAUGGGUCGGGAGACAUUCCCAUACCUAUAUCAUUCAGUGGUGUGUGGUAAAACACGACAAGGAUAAAAAUACCCGCCAAUCCAUCAGCCUUCCAGUAAACAAACAGCAGCGCACCCCGGUCAGCGAUCGCGGUCCUGGUAGAUAUUUGUAAACAGGUGUAUUUCCCUCUUCUUAAUUAAUCUGGAUUUAAUGCACCUUCUAACAAAGAGUGUUGACAAACAAUGGAGUUGGUAUUAAGGUUGCUAUGUUGCUGUCUCUGUGUUGCUUCUGUCACCUCGUUUCUUUGGAGUCCUUGGGCUGUCAUCGUUUUAGAUGAUGUAAGUAACGAUGAACCGGAAAACUUCUACACGCCGUUCAUGAAUGACCGACCCCGGGGCACCGUGGACAAUAGAAUGAGGAGACCCCCACCCACGUUCACACAAAGGAGAACCCCGCAAAGACGAAUUCUUCCGAACAGUCAGUACCCGCAAAGGCGAGAAAUGGUAUCCCCUUCAAAUACCAUGAAGUACAUUUCUCCUUAUGUAAGCUCUCCUUACUGCCCCACGGGUCAACAGUACGUGUACACGCCGCCGGCCGUGGUCGGGGAUGCUGUGUCCUCCAUCUGUCCAAUGAACAACCCCCCUCACCCGCUUUGUCGAUGUCGAACAGGCUGUCGACAUAAAAACUUCUUUAUUCCGUAUGGGACGUCAAUUAUGGUGGAUAAGUGCGGAAACCGGUGUUACUGCAAUAAUCUGAAAGGCGAGGUGGAGUGUGAAUUCGACAGUUGCUAGAUGUAUAUGGCUGCACUGAUAGUAUGAGGGUUACAUGAUCCUCAACGGAAAACUAUUCGAUUUUACACCAUGAAAUCUGACAGAAUAUAUCUGUAUCUUUUAUAAAGAACUAUUUAAUGCAUUCCAAAGAUCAUGUACCAUACAUAUAUUUUCAUGCAAAUGUAUAACACAAAUAAAAUAAAAUAUUUAAAAAAUAA